ACUCUAAUAAACAGUUCUUUUCCAAAUCGGAUUGUGUGGGGUUGUCGAACGCGGAUACCCGCAUUUGUUUUUUAUUCGGAAAAUACAACAACAACAAAAAACCACAUAAACAAUAAAUUGUGCGUGCGACCACAAUAAACAAACAGAGCAAGAUAAAAUAAAAGAGAAUGUCAUCAACGCCACAACGUCAAACAAUUCAUUCCAUUCACAACAAGGAAUUUUGGACAGAGUUUUUUUGUCUCUACGAAUCUCAGCCGGCUUUGUGGGAUGUAAAUCAUGUCAAUUACAAGAAUCGACAUGUAAAAUGUGAGGCAUACGACCUGAUGUUGGAAAAGUUGAGAGAAAUCGAACCUGAUUCGGAUCGGGAGGAUGUUUUGCGUAAAAUUAACAUUUUUCGUACAAAUUAUCGGCGCGAAUGUGCCCGAAUCAAUAAUAGCUUGGAAGAGGGCCGCCAAUAUAAGUCGACAUUGUGGUAUUUUGAUUUAUUGAGUUUUUUGCAGUCGGAAACGGCGUCUCGCAGAGAAGAGAGAAAACGUAAAUUAGUAGAUGGCAGCGGAGAGAAGAGUAUUAUGCGAAAACGUCGCCACCCAUCGACAGUAUUAAAGACAAGCGAUAAACACGUAUUACGUCGACUGAAAGACAAUAUAAUUGAAUAUCAACCUCAGAUGGCCAGCACCGAUCACGAUUUCGACUAUGAUAAAUAUGAAGAAACUGAUUAUGAUUAUGUUGUGGAAAAUUUGUCCCAUGCUCUGGUGGAUGAUGAUGGCGGUGGGGUGGAUAGUGCUACUAAAAAUGACAGUACCGACAUUCAUGAUGCCCUACAAAUGAAGGAUGAACAAUUCAUUGAACAUACCAAUGGGGACGGAGACAAUGACGACAAUUCGCAGGCAGAUUACGAACACGAAUAUCAACAUUAUCCGAUGUUGGAUGAUGUUACAUCGAGUUGUAAAACUGAUCUCCGCACGAUGAGGGAUGUGACUUUAUCAAAUGGCUUAGCCUGCAGCGAUGGAAGAAAUAACAAAAAUACUAUUAUACUGCCCGAUGUUGCCGCUUCGCUUCCACAACACUCAACGAUUUAUGAUGAAUACGAUUCGGAAACGAGUGUGGACGCUACAGCAUCUACUGGCGUCGUUGUCGAUAGUAUGGAAAAUCUUAAUUCAGAAAGUCAAUGGUCUAUCAAGACACUUGUUCCCAAACAAUUCAAACUGAAAACCAUACCCAAAGAACAACAUAUUCAGGUCGUGCCCAAUAAUGACAACGAUCCAGGUGCUUCGAAUUCAACCAAUGAAAAAAUUAACAACCGAUCGUUAAUGACAAAUACCCCAAAAUAUGUACGGGAUGUUAAAACCAUGACAUCGAAACCUAUAAAUUCAUCCGAUACAAAUAAUACAAUGUCUCUUGCGUCGGAGAUAAUGGCCAGAUCUUGGGCCAUACAAUAUGACGAGCUAACGAAUGAACAGAAAUUAUUGGCCCGUAAAGCCAUCAAUGAUAUUCUUUUCGAUGCUUGUAUGAAUCAAUUAGUUUUGGAUGCAAAUGGUCGCGUUUCUACGAUAGACAGAACAAACAACUAUGAAUCGCAAAAACAUACAAAAUCAUCAGGCUCAACCAGCGAAAUCCGCGAAGUAGAAAAUGGUAGUAUAUAUGAGCAGGCCUCAUCAUCUACGUCAUCGGCACCAAUUGCCUUAAUUAGGAAUAAUGCAUCGAGUGAUCCCUGGUUAAAAUUCUCUGCCAGUAUGUCAUACAGCGACAAAUGCUCAAGGACAAACCCCGAAAAAUUCUCAACUUGGAGGAACGGGUGCAGGCCAUUCGCAUGUACGAUGAAUUGCCAGUGUAUCAGCGCGUGGCAUCGGCCUUUAAAUGCAGUUGGGAACAAAUCAAAAAUGUUGUCGCCAAUCGCAAACAGAUCCUCAAAUAUUAUGCCAGUUGUCAGAUUAUUGAUGUCAUGAAAGAUGACUCCAAAGUGGUGAGGCACAAGAAAAUCAAUUUCCUCGGCAACUGUAUGUACGAGUAUAUCAAACGGGCCCACUUCCACAAGCUACAGCAGAUAACCGAUGACGUGAUACGUGAUCGUGCCAUGGAGUUCA